AUGUCGGAUCCUUUGUCCUUAAUCGCAGAAGCCGAGAAGCUCUCAAAACCUCAAACAGGCUUCUUCUCCUUCCUCGGCGGCUCGUCGUCCACCCGUCUCGAAGACGCCAUGGACUUGUACAUCCAGGCCGCCAAUAUGUAUCGUUUGCAGAAGAACUUUUCUGAGGCCGGACAGCUGUUUGUGCGUGCUGCCGAAACACAGAAGAAGCUCAAUUCCCACAACGAUGUGGCCAACCAUUUGAUCGAGGCAUACAAGUGCUACAAAACCGUUGCUCCGCACGAUGCCAUUGACGCGCUUUCACAGGCCAUUCACAUCUUCUUGACCCAAAACGGUCAGUUCAGAAGAGCCGCCAACUUCCAGAUGGACUUGUCGGAGCUCUACGAGAGCGUCGGUGAUUUCGAACACGCCACAGAGAAUUACGAGAAGGCAGGCGACUACUUUUCGACUGACCAGGCGGAGGCCCUCUCUUGCAAGGCAUUUUUGAAGGCUGCUGACUUGUAUGCUUCCCAGGGAAACUAUUCUAAGGCUAUGCAAUUGUACGAUAGCAUUAUCCAGAAGCUGGCCGGAAACAAUUUGUCGCGCUGGUCAUUGAAGGACUACUACUUUAAGGUCGUUUUGUGUGCAUUGUGCAUGGAGGAUGCCGUAGAAGCACAGAAGAGACUUGAUAACUAUGCUGUGGAAGAUGCAUCCUUCGCAUCUACCAGAGAGUUCAAAUUGUUGCAGGAUAUUGCUACCAUCAUCGAUGCUGGCACUGCUGAGGAGUUUGCUGAUGCUGUCUACGAGUUUGAUCAAUAUAGCAAGUUAGACAAGUUGAAGACCCAGAUGUUGUUAAACUUGAAGAACAGCAUCAUUGACAAGGGUGACGAUUUGACCUAG